AAAUAAAAUACACAAAACAGAUUUGAGCGUGUGGCAGCAAGUGUAAGUUAUCCAGUUAUGAUGCUGACCAAUCACGUCCACACACACACUCCUUACACUUUCCCUUAUCAACCACCAAUCUGUCUUGUGCCACCCACAUCAACAUGUCCACCACCACCGCAGGUGCAGCUCCGGCCACCGCCUUCUCAACCCGAAACUCAUACCCAUUAUCAUCACCCCCUCCUCAGAAAACCAUAUUUCAAGGUGUGUCAAUUCAAGAUGCCAAAAGAAGUCUCUCUGUUUCGUUCAAUAAAACCACUGACAAAACGUCAGCGAUUUCGAAACGAAACAGAGGACUCGAAAUCAAUGCAAGAAAAACCGCAGGGGCUUCGAAGCAGAUCGAAGUGGAAGUUGACAAGCCUUUGGGUCUCACUUUGGGUCCAAAGCCCGGUUCGGGUGGUGGUGUUGUUAUAACGGGAGUUGAUGGUGGUGGGAACGCUGCGAAAGCCGGGUUGAAAGUUGGAGAUCAAGUGAUAUAUACUAGUAGCUUUUUUGGUGAUGAGCUUUGGCCUGCUGACAGGCUUGGGUUCACCAAAACUGCGAUUCAGGCUGUGCCCGAUUCGGUUUACUUUGUGGUUAGCAGGGGUGUUGAUGUAGAUGUUAAACGACUGCCAAAACGACCUGCUCCCCCUCGUUUUGGACGCAAAUUAACCGAUGCUCAAAAGGAGCGAGCAACUCAUAUUUGUUUGGAUUGUGGAUACAUAUACACGCUAUCAAAGCCUUUCGAUGAUCAGCCGGAUGGCUACUUGUGUCCCCAAUGUAGAGCACCAAAGAAGAGGUUCACUAGGUAUGAUCCGGCCACCGGAAAACCGAUCGGCGGGACACUGCCACCCAUUGGUGUGAUUAUUGGACUUGUAGCUGGUCUUGCUGGAGUUGGAGCAUUGCUUGUUUAUGGUCUUCAGUGAACAACAUUCAUUUUCAAUAAUAUGUUUCCUUUCUCUUGUAUUUGGUGACCAACAUGAGUAGUGUAUCAAAAAACCCUAUAUUUAUAAAUUAUAUUUACGUAUACACAUAAUGAACGCGUAGGCACAGAUCUACAUGUGUCACGUGACCUCGGUAACUUUUUUUUAUGUGUUAUGUAUUAGUAUCACAUUCGAAUAACAUUGUAAAUUUUCAAAUACCAUAUGUGUUUUUGUUUUUAA